AUGGUGGUAGAUAGGCUAUGGCCGGCAGCUAGUGCAGAAAGAUACUGUAAACCUCCCCGGGACUCUGUUCCCUGUGAUGACCGGGAUCACGACGAUCUUUGGGCAUUUGGCCAGAACAUUAUGAUGAUGAAUGACUCAAACACAGAAUUCAACAAUUCUACAGUGGAAAACAUAAAUGGAACAGAAGAUGACAAAUCCUCGCAUGGGGGAAGUUCCUACUUCAUGCCCCUGACCGUUUUCUCUCUAGCUCUGUGUGUUUUAGGGUUACUGGGCAAUGGGACUGUGUUUUGGAUCCUUUGUUUCAAGAUGAAAAGAAACCAGUUUACAGUCUAUAUCCUCAACCUUGCAGUUGCUGACUUUACCUUUUUGGUUGGAUUAGGGGCAUGGAUGAUGUACACCUUCUGUGUUCUAAAUGGAGUAUGGAAUUUAGCGAUUGUGGAAGGCUAUAUUGCUUUUUUCACUGGACUGUUAUAUAAUUUUGGAUUUAACGCUAGUAUUUAUCUACUUAUGGUUAUUGCACUGGAGAGAUGUCUUGCUGUUUUAUAUCCUUUUUGGUAUCAAUGCUAUAGGCCCAACAACUUGUCAGCCUAUGUGUCCAUCAUGUUUUGGUUGUUGUCCGUGCUGGUAACGUUACUAGAAAAUGUAUUAUGUAAUGAAAGAGCCAUGCACGUUGAUUCUGGUCACGUGGACAUCUUUUUCUGCCUACAACUCCCUUGA